AUGCGAUUUCACGCCGCUUCCAGCACCGCCGAGACCAUCGGCGAGCGAUAUCACGAUAUCCUCAGUUCUCCUACGCUCGCAGGGCUCCGGCACAUUCGCAACAUCGUUCAUGAAGCUGUGGUGCUUGAGGAUGUUAUCAAAAAGUACGUGGAUGAUCGAAGAACUCGCAUCGAAAAGCGGUAUCACGAGAGAAAGCGAGGCCGCCGCGCAAAGACUGUCUCUGACCUUAUUCCUACAGUAUCGCUGCAAGAUCUGCGAGAUCAACAAGAGGAGGCUAUCGCCGACGAUAAGAAGAAAGCAACAUAA